UACCGAUCUAGAGAGAAAGAGAAAGAGCGGAAGAAAUCUCGCAAUCAACGCUCGCGUUUUUCAGCUGCUUCUCUCUCUUCCCCGUUUGAAAUACGAGCGAAAAAGAAAGAGAAAGCAAGUCGUUUGUAGAUGGAGCAUUCUACCGAUACAAACCAGAUUGCAUUACCAAUGUAAAUUCAUUACCUUUAAUCUCCUCCGCCAUUAAAGCCCUGCUCCCAUGGUUAAUGAUUCUAGCUUCACCCUCCCCUCUUUAUUCCUCUCCUGCUCUCUAUUUCCUUCUCGGGGAAAAUUUUCCGUUUUGGAUCCUUCGAGGAAGUAUCUCUUAGUUCGAAGAAUCUGAUUUUCUCAUUUAUAGCAGAUUUCUCGAUUCUUGGUAUCCUGUUUUCUCGCUGCUGGAACUCGAAUAAGAAACCAAUUGAAUCUGUCUGGAGUUCCUGAUCUUACGCAAACUGUGAAAUCCUAACGAGGAACCUGGAUCUUGAAUCAGAAUGGGUAACUGCUGCGCGAGGCCUGUUGAUUCUUCCGAUAAGGUGGAGAAGAGGAAGAACAAGAAGGGGAAGAAGCAAAACCCUUUUUCCGUAGGGUACAAACGAAGUCCGAUCGUCGGCGUGCCGAAGCUCGUGGUGCUCAAGCAGCCCACCGGCCGAGAUAUCGGCGGCAGGUACGAGCUCGGCGACGAGCUGGGAAGAGGAGAGUUCGGGAUCACCUAUCUCUGCACCGAUAAAGCCACCGGGGAGAAAUUUGCUUGCAAAUCGAUAUCCAAGAGUAAGCUGAGGACUGCGGUCGAUAUCGAGGAUGUGCGGCGUGAGGUCGAUAUCAUGAGGCGUUUGCCCGUACAUCCCAAUAUCGUGAGCCUCAAAGAUACUUAUGAGGACGAUAGCGCUGUUCAUCUUGUGAUGGAGCUCUGUGAGGGUGGAGAGCUUUUUGACAGGAUUGUUGCCAGAGGGCACUAUACUGAGAGGGCGGCUGCUGCGGUCACCAAGACAAUCGUUGAGGUCGUGCAGAUGUGUCACAAGCAUGGAGUGAUGCAUCGCGACCUAAAACCUGAGAACUUUUUGUUUGCUAAUAAGAAGGAAAAUUCUGCACUGAAGGCAAUUGAUUUUGGUCUGUCUAUAUUUUUCCGGCCUGGCGAACGCUUUACCGAGAUUGUGGGAAGUCCUUAUUACAUGGCUCCAGAGGUUCUGAAACGGAAUUAUAGCCAAGAAGUUGAUGUGUGGAGUGCUGGAGUUAUAUUAUACAUAUUGCUUUGUGGUGUGCCACCUUUUUGGGCCGAAACUGAACAGGGAGUUGCGCAGGCAAUUAUUCGGUCCGUUGUGGAUUUUAAGAGAGACCCGUGGCCUAAAAUUUCAGAAAGCGCCAAAGAUCUGGUUAAGAAGAUGCUUGAUCCAGACCCAAAGCGCCGCUUAACAGCUCAAGAAGUGCUAGGUCAUCCAUGGUUGCAGAAUGCCAAGACGGCUCCGAAUGUUAAUCUGGGCGAAACUGUUCGAGCCAGACUUCAACAAUUUUCUUUGAUGAACAAGUUCAAAAAGAGAGCUCUUAGAGUUGUGGCUGAGCAUUUAUCUGUGGAGGAAGUUGCAGAUAUAAAGAUAAUGUUUGAAAGUAUGGACAUAAACAGAAAAGGGAGAAUCACACUGGAAGAGCUCAAGUCUGGACUCCAUAAGCUCGGCCACCAGAUUCCUGAUGCAGAUGUUCAGAUACUAAUGAAUGCAGCAGAUGUUGAUGGAGAUGGAACACUAGAAUAUGGUGAAUUUGUCGCUCUGUCAAUUCACUUGAAGAAGUUGGGGAACGACGAACAUCUUCACAAAGCCUUCGCUUACUUCGAUCAAAACAAGAGUGGCUAUAUCGAAAUCGAAGAGCUGAGCGAGGCACUCGCCGACGACUUGGGUCCUAACCAUGAUGAAGUCAUCAAUGCCAUCAUCCGAGAUGUCGAUACCGACAAGGACGGAAAAAUUAGCUACGAGGAGUUUGCGACGAUGAUGAAGGCCGGUACGGAUUGGAGGAAGGUGUCGAGGCAGUAUUCGCGCGAACGCUUCAAUAGCCUUAGUUUGAGGUUGAUGAAAGAUGGCUCAUUGCAGCUAAACAAUGAGGGUAACUGAAUUCUUUGGCCAUUUUCACUUGGCUCUUCUUCCCUUUGCUUUGGAGUGACAUGAAAUAUAUAGGAAGUGGGGUGUAUAUAUGUGUAAUGUUCUCCAAGAGCUUAGUGUUGUUGGAAUUGAAAAUAAUUAUAAGUCUAUGCCUUUUUCUGGGCUCUAUUUCUUACUAAUUGUUUCACAUCACCUGUAAAAAGAAGAAAUUGAGAUGAAGUGUUUUCAAGGAUGAGCAUGGAAGGUAUUAUUUUAGAAUAGUUUAUUUGCCAUAAUAAAUGUUCAGAGCAGUACA